AUGGUCCUCAACGACGCCACACGCGUCCGCAACAUACUCUCCACGUUCGACCUGUUGGUCACGCGGCGCAUACUAGAGAUCCUGGUGACCGCCACGAACCUCGAGGGCCUGAGGAAAUGCGGCAACGACUGGAAAGUGACGGACGUCACGGAGCUGCGCAGCUACCUCGGGCUGCUGCUCCUUGCCGGCGUGUACAGGUCCCGAAACGAGGCCCUGGAGAGCCUGUGGCACGAGGAGAGCGGCAGGGCCAUUUUCCGCGGCACAAUGUCGCUCAAGCGAUUCCACGCGCUCUCGCGAGUGCUGCAAUUUGACGACCGCGAGACGAGAGGCGCCAGACGAGCCUUGGACAAACUGGCGGCCAUACAAGAAGUGUGGGACGCCUGGGUGCGGCGGCUGCCUCGCCUCUACAACCCGGGCCCCGACGUGACCGUAGACGAGCAGCUGGUUCCCUUUCGAGGUCGAUGCUCCUUCCGCCAGUACAUGCCCAGCAAGCCCGCCAGGUACGGACUCAAGUCGUGGGUGGCCUGCGACGCCGGCUCCAGCUACUUGUGGAACAUGCAGGUCUACACGGGCAAGUCUGUGAGCGGCGAGCCCGAGAGGAAUCAGGGCGCCCGAGUGGUGAUGGACCUGACCGAGGGCCUGCGGGGCCCCCGCAAUGUGACGUGCGACAACUUUUUCACCUCCUACGAGCUGGCCUGGCGGCUCCUCCACGACAGGCGCCUCACCAUGGUGGGCACGAUGCGCAAAAACAAGCCCGAGCUGCCGCGCGCCUUGCUCGACACCAAGGGCCACGCGAUCUUCUCGUCCAGGUUCGCCUUCACGCCCACCGUCACUCUGGUGUCCUACGUGCCCAAGAGGAACAGGAACGUGGUGCUGCUGAGCACACUGCACACGGGGGACGCGCGGGUCAGCGCCUCCACGGCCACCAAGCCCGACAUCAUCCUGCACUACAACAGCACCAGGGGCGGCAUGGACAACCUGGACAAGCUCGUCGGCACGUACAGCUGCCGCAGGAAGACGGCGCGCUGGCCCCUCGCCCUGUUCCACAACAUCCUCGACGUGUCCGCCUACAACGCCUUUGUGCUCUGGCCAGAGCUUAGGCCCGAGUGGCUGCGUGGCAAGCUCAACAGGCGCAGGGAUUUCCUCGAGCAGCUGGGCAGGGCGCUCGUCACUCCGCUCAUCGAGAGACGCUCGCGUCUCCCUCGCACGCAAGCGUCCGCCGCGCUCAUCAAAGCCAUGGCGGCGAGGUCAUGCGAGCCGAGGUCAGGCGCUGGUAAAAAGGACCGCAAGACACACACCGUGUGCGGUGGCUGCCAGAGAUACGUCUGCGGGAGCUGCACACAGCCCUACUGCGCGGACUGCGUGAGGCAGUAG